CCAAUAGAAAUCGAAUGUUAAUUCUCUUCCCUUAGCAAUGCACAUGGCCGGUGCAUUGGGCACAUGUAAUAGUAAUGAAAAGAGAUCACAUGCCUAGAUAAAUGAUCGUAUCGGAAUGAUGUGAACGAAUUGAUUUUCCGUGCAGAAAAGUUGAAGUAUAUUGAAGGAAAUCAAGGCAAAUUUUAUCUUCAAGAGACCUGUUUAAUCAGCAAGAAGAGACAAUGCUGCUGAGAAAAAAAGAGGACAGUAGUAGAAAGGUAGUUACUGAAGUGCCCUUGAUGUCAGGCAUACAACCAAGUUGGGACUUAGUAGUGAAGUUCUAGUCACAACUGAGAAUUUACAAUAUAGAUGCAGAGAAAGUGAGAGAUCAUACGUGGUACUAUGGCCUUGAAGCAUGCAGUGAAAACCACCCUUCUCAGCCUGAAGCCAAAGUGCAGUGCCAUCUACAGUAGAAAUUGCAGCUCAAAUGGCAGUAUUCUAUUGGGCGACUGUUUGGGACUAACACGACAAAGUGAAGAUCGGUACAUACAAUACAACGCUGACCCCAAGGACAGUUAUGUAAGUGACUAUGCAAGCCGAGGAGGUGAAGUUAUUCCACCUAAGAAAAGGUUUCACUUGCAGAAAUUGCCUGACAGGUUUCGGCAGCACUUGUCUGCUUCUUCAACUAGAUUAGUCGAAAAAGAAUAUAAAGAGUUUCAGCAAGCUGGAAAUGUGGACAGGAAAAAUGUGAUGCAAUAUAUGUUUGCUUGCACUGCCAUGUACCAGCAGUCCAUUAGUGAAAAAGCCAAGUUGCAGCAAGACCAGUUAUAUGAAGUUGAAUUGAAAAACAUUCUCAAUUCUCAAAUUUCUGAAGAAUUUAUAGGUAGCUCCUCUUCAAGUGAGGUGAAUGAUAUUUUGUACGUUGGCCAGUAUAUCAGCAGCACCUUCCAUCCAUUUUUUGACAAACUGCAGUAUUGGAUGAGCCCUUUGUGGCGUCGAUGGACUGUAGCAGAUCGUUUGCGUCAUGCCAAGGAGUGGCUUUUAUUAUCGAUGGUCCAUGACUGCAGUUACGAAGUGAUGACAAAGGAGAUAGUGCAUUUUUUAAAAAGUCUAAUAAAGGCCGAUAAUUCCUUGAACCUGACGCCAGUGGAAAUUGAUCUCUUGUGUGGUACAAUAGAUGUUCUUUGCCUCAGCAAGUACUCAUUGAAUGGAUUUGUAGCUGAUGAGCUGAUUGACUUGAGUGCCUCCUUAUUGGCCAUUGUAGAGAAAGAUCUUUUUCAACAGGGAGAUGAACCAUGGCCUAACUAUAACCUGAACUUAUUUUUGAGGGCAAAUGUGAUGGCAGAGAGGGUUUUAAACUUUUCUGUCUUGAGUGACAUACUGAAGCAUAUCCAGACACUUGCUAGGGCCAGUAAGUAUUUGGAUGUGAGUUUGACAUGCAAUUUUUUGGACGCUUUGUUUGCACAACGUACCAACAUGGAGCAGCACUCUAAGCUGGUGGUCAGUCUGAUGUCCACUAUUUCCUUGUAUAUACAGUGUCAGGCAAUGACCACAGUGGAAUUAGUCAUUUUAAGUUCUGCAGUGUCCAGGCAAAACUACCUCUGCCCACCUCUACUCAAGAAAGCGGAAGAAGCCUUUCAUGACUCACAAAGAGUAGCCCACUUGACCAGAAAGCUGCUGAAUCCAAUGUUGAAUGCCAGUAUGCGGUCUGGCUGUAUCCCAGAUGUGCAUUGUGUCAAAAAAAUCACAAAGUUGGUACAGGACCCGAGGUUUAUAUGUAUCUUGAAGCCAAGAAAAAGUGGAAGUGAGCUGCUGAAAUUGAUUAAGGGCUCAUUUGCUUUAGGCAGUCAUGAGAUAUCGGAGAGCUUGUUGGAGGUGCUGUUUGACCCAGAUACGGAGAAGGUUUUGCAGGCUGAGUUCCUGACUUUAACUAAGAGGUCAAUAUGGAAUGCCAUGCAACUGUUGGAAAUCUAUGGGGCUAUUGAGACCAUUGGCUUCUUGGAUCAUUACAUUGCGAGAAUACCAACAAGCAUGUUCAAACUGCCAGCAGUGCAAUAUGCAGUCAAUUAUACAAAAACUAUGUACCAUAGAACGGACUUCAGGUUUCUCUUGCAUGUCUUAGAGGGCGCUGUAGGCAAGGAGAAGAUUAGGACACUUCCCAUGCCCUCCAUGCGCACUGUCAUCUUGGAAAUGUGUCUGGAUUGCAAGGGGAACUUGAUAGACAUGAAGCAAGUGCCGCCACUGAUAGACAAAAAUGGACGACUGAGGAGAGAGCACCCGUCCUCUUCCUCUGUUGUUUGGAGACGGAUAGCGGUGAGGCCUCUCCAUUACAGGCAUUUCUUGAUUAACCGAUCACAACUCAAUGGAUGGGAGCAGAUGAAGUUGCAAUAUUUGCGUAACAUGGGAUACCAUGGAAUAGUGCUGCCUAUCAGACUGUUGGAACAAGCACCCGGAAAGUUAGACGAAGCCUUUCGAGGGGCUUUAAAGGAGCUGGGCUGGAGUGGAAAGUGAGGUAGAAGAUAAGACCCACACAAGUCGGAUAGUCAGAGUAGGCACUCAGAGCAGGCACUGCAUGUCUGGGUGCUGUGUAACUGGAGUUACAGUCAGAGCAGGCACAGCAUGCCUGGGCGCUGUGUAACUGGAGUUACAGUCAGAGCAGGCACAGCAUGCCUGGGUGCUGUGUAACUGGAGUUACAGUCAGAGCAGGCACAGCAUGCCUGGGAGCUGUGUAAAUGGGGUUAGGACUGGAUCUCUUCAAUGGGGAAAAUGGAUUUUCACAAUUUUUUUUUAAGUCACAAAAUUCUUGAAAUUACAACAUUCCCUAUAUUGAAUGAUAGCAACAAAAUUGAAAAGCAUGCUACCCAGUGGUUCUAUUCUAUACAGUAAAAUACCAAGACAAGUAGAAUUUUAAUUUUUAAUCAUUUCAAAAUUAUUUAUCUGAAAGAUUGAUCUUUUUUUCCCCAUUAAAAAGAUCCAGGCAUUACGGUAUCAUUCUGUUGUAUAAUCUGAAACUUCUGUGAACAUUGCUCAACUCCAAUCUUUGCAUAACUCGUAAAGAAUUCUAUUGUCAAACAAGUAGUUCUGCUCCAUUAAAGCUUUUUUCUUUAUUUAUUGACUCAAAUAUUAAUGUAGGUAAAUUUAUUAAGCUUUUUGGUCAGUGAUAAUUUUAAUAAGUAUGGUUGGCUUGGCACAAAUCUUGAGAUGACCAGGCUUUGUAAGUCUAGCAUUUAUUUCUUUACUCAAAAAGCUUUGAAAAAUGUUUGGAAAUUGUCUAUGUUAUUGCAGAUUUUAUGUCAUGUUGACCAAAUUUAGGUCUCUGCCUUUUGCCAUAGACAAAAAUUACCACACUUACUUCUAGUUCUUCCAACAGAAAUUGUCCUCAGUUCAAGGAUGAGUUUGCUUUUCAUAACCGUACAUUCAUAUGCCCAUGCGCCCUUCUCUCCCCUCAUCAUUUUUGAAUGAGGAUUAAAAAUAUAAUUACCUUUUGGUUCCCAGUAUUUUCUCUAACUUUUUGUAUUAGAGAAUUUUUUUAUGUCACAUUUGCUCUAUGGGAGUAAGAAUGUAGAGGAGUAAUGGUGCGGCGUAGCAAGGAUGACGGGUAGCAUGAAGGCAGGGGAGCAACGGGGGAGGGGGGGGGGCACAAAGGGAUACAGCCUCCAAGGCAAUACCUGUAUUGAAUAUAUAAUAUUCACUUGUUGAAAGCGUCCAAAUUAUGCUUCCUUUUAGAAUAAUAUAAAUUUGGACUUGAAAAUUAAUUUUUAGUGCAAGUUUGGACUGUCAGUGGUUUCAUAUUGGUUAAGUGGUGACAGAACAAUUGGCGAUGUUAAUCAGUGCAAUUGUGACGAAGAUCUGAUUACAAAAAUGACAAUGAAUUGAAAGAAGAUCUUCAGGCAUGCCUUAAAAUGGAUUCCAUUGUAUAUUAUAUGCAACGGAUGUUCAAAUGAACUUAUGAUGUCAUGUUAUUUUUGUAGCAAGGGUGUUGAAAGAUAUUCAGUAGACACAUUAUAUAGGUUAGCUUAUUACACAAAUAAGGAUGGACUAGAUUCUAUUGCUCUUUGGCAGGACACCAGUUAGAGGCAGUAUAAUAACAUGGUGUGUUAUAAAGAUGUUGAAGAUAUUUGCACUAGAUCGAUUGUUAACAGAUCAAGUGGUUUUUACAAAGUCAAUUUGUAUGCCGUUACCUUUUGUUUUAAUUUUGAUUUAUUAUUAUUAUUAUUGUUGUUGAAACUUAAAGGCUUAAGGCCAAGCAAGCCUAAAUAAGUCUAGUAUUUUGUGACGUUAUUUUACAUGCUGUCAGCAUAUUCCACAGGGGUUAAUAUGCUGAAGGCAUGACGUACAAGAUUUUGCACAAACUUAGUAAAAAGGCUACAUUUCUUCUAUGAGAAAAAAUUAUGUACAUUUAAUUUUAUAUGUCAAAUAAAAUUCAAAAACAAAAUCUAAUUCAAUAGGAAUUUUUACUUAUAGCUAAUCUUGAUGACGCCUCCUGUUAUAAAACAAACCAAGUGCCAGUGUUUGCAUUUCAUUUCUUUUUCAUAUAUCUCAAUUUUAUACUUUUUUCAGUGCUCUUGUGAAACACUGCCAUCUAAAUUUCUUCUUCAUAGAUAAUUUUGAGGAAAUCAAAUACAGUACAUAAAUAUUUCAAUAUGAUUUUAACAAUUACAUUCUGGAACAAAUGCAACAUUGUCCUCCUCAUGUAUCCAGCAAUUACACGACAGAAUAAUAAAAGGUACCACUGGAGAGUACUGGAAACCAUCCUCCAGUCAAAAAGAUUAUGUACGUCAGACACACACAUCUUUAACUGCUCUGCCGUUUUGGCACAAAUAAUUUCAUGCCGCAGAUGCAGCAAGAAAAAUCCAUGCCCUUUCAAAUCAUUUUCCAAUUUGACCAGUAUUGUUCUGCCUGGGUUGGUAUGCCUCCAGUGUACAUCAGAGGCGUGCUAAAACAGAAGUCAGUUUCCAGUAGUUUCUGAAACUGGAGGAGAUAAAAUUGCUUAAUAUUGAAUUGAACCAGAGCAUUCUGUUAAAAAUGGGUACGCCUCUAAUGAGCACUCUAUGGAAAACUGCCAAUGAACAUGAAACUUGUGUCCCAAAUCAUUUUCAAAAUGGGCAUCAAAAUAGACUUUUGAAGUUCAUAACAAAUUUGAGAAAUCUGAUAACUAUAAAGAGUAUAAUUUCAAUGACAACUUUGGAACAGGCUAUUUGCAUGACCACAAACAUAAAAAACAAACAAACAAAAAAAUUCUCACAGAUCCCAUUACUUUUACUUCCUUCACUAUAACAGUUAUUUCUAGAUUCAUUUCUAACCUUUACGUCUUUGCUGAACAAACUCAAAAUUUGCUGCUUUUCACUCUUGUUAAUGCACCAGACAAACCUAUUGUGGGAUGACACAUUUUACUUGGGUAUAAUGCCUCACUGCCCAUAAUCCAUACUAUUCAAUGUCAUCAACUGCCCAGACAGACCAAUCUAGCUUAUAUGUUUUAAUUAACACUAACAUUUAAAUACAAGUUAUAGACAAUCUUUUAGAUUAUAUUAAAAAUACAAAAUACUAAGAGCACAAAGUAGAAUAUUUCAUGACUAGAUUAUGUAAGCACGUAAAAUAAACUGCAGACAAAAAUAUUACUAUCAAAUAUGUAUGUUCUGCAAAACCACAAAAUGGUUUGUAUUGAUAAAAUAGCUUAAAAUUAAUCUUUCACCUUCCAUUUGAAUGGAGUGUCACAAUAUGUGAGAGUUCUGCAUAUUUAACAAAAAUAAAAGCUUCUACCUCAGCAUCAGGCUUUAAAACUGGGAAUAAAAAUAUGUUAACGUUUUUAUGCAUGAUAGUCAAGUGCAAGAAUUUGUUUAGUGAUGAACAGUGUCUGACCCGUGCAUUUAACAAUGAGUGGUAGUUUUCUGUACCGUACCCAUUCAAGUGGUGCUAAUUACACCAACGUAAUUAUUUUACAGGGGUUAACUUUCACAAGCUCUUACAUAUUAACCAAAGUUAAUCUGGUAAAGAAGCCACAUGCGGGAUCUCUUAUGUGAUGGCUACAUUCAGUUAUCAAUCUCUCUGACUUGUGUGGUACAGAAAACUUGUGCUGGCCGUGAAAAGUGUCAACUCGGUUGAGAAUUUAGACUAUAAAGUUAACAGGUAAAGAGAAGGUUCCUACUCAGCUAGCUCUGAGGUACAAAAUGAAAAAUUUGGUGCCAUGCACCUUUACACAAAGUAAAUGAGAAGGCAGCUACAGAAAAUCAUAUUGCACUAAUUGGUCAGCAGAUAUUCAGAGACCUUGUCUGGUAUCGCCAGACCACCGUUAACGUAAAAAGGAAGUGGAAAGAUCUCCAAGAAAAAAAAAAAGCCAAAAAAUACAUAAAAAUUAAUAAAAUUUAUAACAAAUGAUACAGCACAUCAUCUAUGUGUCUUUUAAAAAGAACUUAAACUAAUGCAGGUACUCCCACCCCUCUACGUGCACCAACAGAUCCCUACUGAAUCCUAAAAUGCAUUUAAUAACAUCAGGUUACAAAAAUUUGGUCAUC